UUUAUUUAUUUAUUCUUCCUUGUCUUUAUUAGUGGUAUAUAUUAUAUUGUGUGAACAAAGAGAGAUCAAAUAAGAAUGUAUUUCAUCAGAGAGGCUUUUUACAAAAGACCUUUUGAAUCUGCUCGGUUUGCAGCAGCUCGUGGUGUUGUUGCCGUCUUGUUUGUUUUAUUAUUCUUUGCAUACUGUGCAUAUCUAAUUGUCCAGAUUGUUGAUGAUGUACCUCUUAUCCUCCUUUCAUCUGAAUCCGUAAACGCCACCUACGCUGCACCAGAUAUCGAGAUGUGUGUUGUCAAUACGACAAUGCAAUUUGCGUUCUGUAACGCAAUCUAUACCAACUUCACCUCUCUUCCUUUUGACUGCAUCGGAAUGACCGAACGAGGUGCCAUCAGCAUGGGAUCGACCCCACAGUGCUACAUGCUUAGAACCCAGGGGCUAUUGCAGUAUGCGGCCAACAGACCAUAUCCCGAGAACAGCUCGUUGAUCAACAACAUUGAAAUCCUUUGGAAGCUCGGAAGUGUCGAUAGUGCGGGAUACAACAUCAGAGCUCAGCCCAGUAUGGACAUCCAGCUCUACUCUCCCACAUUCAACCAAUGGUAUCUCAACUCUAGUGAAUUCAUACCACAAGAGAGAACACUUUAUACAAGUAUGCAGAAUGGAAACAACAGAAUCUACAGUAAUCUCAACGUGAGCACAAUCAUCAAGUUCUCUCCAGUCAAGUACAGGGCAAUCAAACCAAAAGAUUCUAGAUCAAUUCUUGGCUUUGGUGCAAAAUAUGUAGAUAUCAUCACCUUGGAUACAACGCAACAAGAUUUUCCUCUGCAACAAAAGGAGCCAUUAACUACUGGAGGAUACGAUGGUAUAUUUUCUAUAAGUCUUGCAAAAACCAAUAUGGAUGUAAAAACCGAACAAAGACAAUAUACCGUACUUAACGCGAUUGCUCUUGCUGGUGGUGCUUAUGGUGUUUUGACCGGAAUCUACACAAUCUUGUUUGGUGCCGGAAGAUUCUCUCCCUGGGGAAUUUUCGAAAUGGGUGUUGUCUACAACCCAUUCGCAAAAUCCACCGAGCCUGCGGCUCGUCCUGGAAAGGGACGUCCCAAGCGCCAGUCCUCGAUCCUCAAAGCCCGAAUAUCCAAGGGACCUCAGUCUAUGCCGUUUCCAAAGGAACACGACAUCCAGGGCUUUGCACCCGCCGCAUCGGCUCCCCUGUCAGCCUCCCAGCGGGCAUCUAUGGAGAACGAUACCUACAACCGUCUGUUGGGUAUUCCAUUCCCUCAGAUCCCAUCUACUGGCGGUGGUGGAGCUGUUGGUGAUCCGGUCACACACUAUGACCAUGACCGAUUGAAGCGCCGUAUGGACGAAAUGGAGGCCAUGUUAAGGACCUACUUUAUUGACGCAGAGCCAUACGAUGUCCUUCGACAGGGCUACGUCAAGGAACAGCUGGCCCGAGACGCUCUUAAUUUCUCACCUUCGAUUGAAAUCAACUCCCAGCAACAUCAGCCCAUGCUCUCUACCAGAAGAAACCCACUCAAUACUCACAAUUCUAGCACAAUCGUGGCUGAGCCGCUGGAUCACAAAUAAUUAUCAUAGUAAUACAUAUAAGAAAGUAGGAUUAUUUUUUUUUUUGCUGAAGAAAAAAAAAAGUUGUAUUUUAAUUUAAUUCUUCUAAACAUGGCUCUGGUAUAUCCUCUUUCUCUUUAUCUCUUUAUCUUCCUUUGUAUCUUAUAGACUUUAUUGAUAAUCAAUAAAUGAAUAGCUUUUCUUUUCUUUUCUUUUUGUUCUUUCCUGUUCUUGUUCUUUAAUAAAUAAAUAAAUAAAUACCAGUCUUUAUUUUAGU